AUGGGCUCGAGAGCGGGGGCUGACUCCAAGAAGAGCGGCGGACAGCAGCAGCAGCAGCAGCAGCAGCAGGAGGUCGACAGGAGGUUAUGGCUGGUAGGUGCCGAGUCCAGCGCCGGGCAGCAGCAGGGACCUUCCCACUUUGGCGGUGCCGGGGGCUCCCUUGAACACCACCCUCAGCAGCCCCUGCCGCAGCUUCCCAACCACGCUCCGCACACCCGCCAUGUAGACGAAGGGGGCACUGCCGCGUUCGCUGCCGCCUCGGCGAGAUUCCUUGCGGGAGCGACCGCCGCCGCGGGCCAAUCCAUGCAGCCGUCGCUCCCACGCAUGCAGGUAGGCGGUGGCGGUGGUGGUCCUGCUCCGCUCAGGCAGCAUGAGCAGCAGCCGCAUCGAUCUAACUUCGAACAACACCCUGCCUUCAUGCUCGCGGAUCAGCAGCAGCAGCAGCAGCAGCAGCAGCAGCAGCAGCUGCAAAUGCUCGUGCCUGCUCGUGGCUUGGCUCUGGGCCCAGGCGGCCAGGGCCGAAACAUGGCAGGAGGACCUCAGCAACAACAUCAAGGCAUGAGCGAGGGAGGAGGAGCAGGAGGAGUGCAAUGGCAAGACCAACACCAACGGAGCCAGCAGCAACCAAUGAGGGACUCGAGCCCCGGGACCAGCAGGCUCAUGGCUGGCACAAGCAGAGGCAGCCCGCCAAGUAAUCAGCACAUGUCUCUGCAGCAGCAGCAACAGCAGCAGCAGCGUCGAGGGAAUGCUUCCCCUGACCACCACUCCAGCAUGUCCAUGGCCGCCCUUGCCUCCCUGCCGCACGGGACCAGCGCUCUGCCCGCGUCUGCGGUGCCCACGGUACUGGAGCGCUUCCCUGGGUUCGUUCGGUGCGUUAUGGACAUCGCACCCGAGGUCGUCGGCUGGGUGAUCGGGCGAAACGGCGCCCAUAUCAAGGAAAUGAAGGUGUAA